AUGACAACCGAGUCAGACACGACAGCGGAGAAGACACAUCGGCGCUUUCAAUACGUUCAGGAUACGUGUUUCCGCUUCACCGUCGAUCGUGGCCUCCCAGGUAUCGGGCUGGAAGAGUGGAAAGAACUAUCCCAUGUGCGGACCGUCACCACUGAAUAUCUUAAUCAACACAUAAUAUCCGAACAGGUCAAUAAAGUUGUUAGGGCAUUGCUUGCAUCCAAGAUUGUCGGCCAAGAAGGCUCGAACAGAUUAAUUCGGCUUUCGGCCGUCGGCUCAGACGAGCCGGGGGCGCCGCAGGGUCUACCUCGGACACUAGAUUGGCGACCGAAGGAAGGUUCUAUCCCUGACUUUCACUACGUUACUGAGCAACUGGCAUCUCAUGUCGCCCUCGAGGGUCUCGGGGGCAUCGGAAAAACUCAGAUUGCUCUCGAGGCGAUCUUUCGGGUCCGCGAUGCACAUCCAGGAUGCAGCAUCUUUUGGGUCCCAGCCAUCGAUAGCACCACUUUUGAGAAUGCAUACCGUAAGAUCGGCCAAGAGCUCAAGGUUGCGGGGAUCGGCGAAGAUAAGGCCGACGUCAAGACCCUCGUCAAGGCUGCACUGAACAGCGAAGAUUCCGGCAGCUGGCUUUUAGUUGUCGAUAACGCGGACGACACCGACCUGCUCUUCGGCGACACGUCUCUUGCUGACCAUCUCCCAUCCAGCCAUAAAGGUUCCAUCCUAUUCACAACACGAAAUCACGAAGUUGUCCGAAGGCUCAGUAUCCGGCAAGCGAAUCGCAUCUGCGUGACCACAAUGAGCAGAGACGAAGCCUUUGAUCUCCUGAAAAAACAUCUAAGACCGGAGCAAAUGAGUGACAAUAAAAGCGCCACAGAUUUGCUCGACUUUUUGGCCGAUCUCCCGCUUGCUAUCAAGCAGGCAUCCGCCUAUAUGGAUCAGACAGGGAUAACGACAAUGCGGUAUCUAGAACACUGUCGGUCGAGCGAUGCCGAUCUAACCAAGCUCCUGGGAAAGGAUUUUGAAGAUAAAGGCCGGUACAAGAGCACCCAAAAUCCAGUUGCAACGACAUGGCUGGUUUCAUUCCACCAUAUAUCCCGGGACAACCACCUCUCCGCCCAAUACAUGAAGUUCAUGUCAUUUCUCUCUGAGAAAGAUAUCCCGAGAGAUCUAUUGCCUCCAGGUGACGGCGAAUUGGAGAUGGACGAAGCGAUUGGUCUAUUGAAAGCGUAUGCUUUUAUCAGCGAACGAGCGGGCCAAAGUUCGUACGAUAUACAUAGACUUGUGCGACUGGCGAUGCGCAACUGGCUAGCCAACGAAGCAAAGUUGAAGACAUGUGUUACCACGGUGAUUCAACGGCUUGCAGAUAUUUUUCCGUAUCCCAGAUAUAGGAACAGAGGUGUAUGGAUGAGAUAUCUUCCGCAUACCUUCACAGUAUUAGAGCUUGAAGGUGAUUCGACAGAUGACGCUACCAAGUCAAACCUUCUUUAUAACCUCGCGACUGCGGUGUGGAGUCUGGGCAACUACAAGCAAGCCGAGCAGCUGUACCGGCGGACGCUUGCACUACGCACAAAGGUGGCUGGUGCGCAGCAUCCCGACACGCUCCGGAGUAUGCAUGGACUCGCGAACGCGGCGUGGAGUCAGGGCAAGCACAAGGAAGCCGAGCAGCUGUACCGGCAGACGCUCGCGCAGUGGACAGAAGUGCUGGGCGCGCGGCAUUGCGACACGCUUCUGACCAUGAAUAACCUCGCGAACGCGGUGCGGGAUCAGGGCAACUACAAGGAGGCUGCGCGGCUGUACCGGCAAACACUUACACUACGGACAAUAAUACUGGGCGAGCAGCAUCCGAUCACACUCCGGAGCAUGCAUGGACUCGCGAACGCGGUGCGGGAUGAAGGCAACUAUAAGGAAGCCGAGCAGCUGCACCGGCAGACGCUCGCGCUGCGGAGAGAAGUGCUGGGCCUGCAGCAUCCCGACACGCUCCGGAGUGUGCAUGGACUCGCGAACGCGGUGUGGGAUCAGGGUAACUACCAUGAGGCUGGGCAGCUGUACCAGCAGACGCUCGCGCUGCGGAGAGAAGUACUAGGCCUGCAGCAUCUCGACACACUCCGGAGUAUGCAAGGGGUCGCAAACGCGGUACGGAGUCAGGGCAACUACAGGGAGGCCGAGCAGUUAUACCGACAGACGCUCGCGCUACGUACAAAAGUGCUAGGUACUAAGCACCCUGACACGCUCCUAAGUAUACAUGGACUUGCGAACGCGGUGUGUGAUCAGGGCAAAUACAAGGAGGCUGAGAAGCUAUACCGGCAAACACUCGCAUUACAAGCAGAAGUACUGGGCACACGGCAUCCCGACACACUCCGGAGUAUGCAAGGGGUCGCAAACGCGGUACGGAAUCAGGGCAACUACAGGGAGGCCGAGCAGUUGUACCGACAGACGCUUGGACUACAGAAAGAAGUUCUAGGUAUACAGCAUCCUGAUACACUCCGGACCAUCUCCUUGUUACAGGCUGGGCCUAAAGAAUCUGUAGACUAG